ACCCAGAACUAAAACAGGAGGAAAUGUUUUAACAUGCCGACGCUUCACCAGAACACUAGGAUGUGCCUCUCUCUCCUCUUUUCUCGUCGCUUUUCUUCACCCCUUCCUGCCGCUGCCACUGCAACAGAUUUUCAAAUGCUUAAAUGUGUUCUUGAUGACUGUAAAACCGCCUUGGAUUCGAAAGCAGUACUUGAAACCCAUGUCAAGAUUGUUAAAUUAGGAUUUGGCAUGGACUAUUCGCUCGUAUCUCAUAUGUUGCUGACUUAUAUUGAUUGUGGGAAGCUUGAUUUUGCCCGCCGCCUUCUAGAUGAAACCCCAUGUUGGAAUGCUGAUUUAAUUACCGGGAAUAUAAUGAUAUCAAGGUUUAUGAAGAAUGGAGAUGUUGAAGCUGCCAAAAGGGUGUUUUUUAACAUGCCUUUAAAAGAUGUUGUCUCAUGGAAUUCCUUGAUUGGUGGUUGUGUUAAAAAUUCUAGAGUAGAGGAGGCAUUAAGAAUGUUUAAGGAUAUGUGCUUAUUGGGUGUUGAGCCGGAUGAGUUUACAUUUUCUUCUGUUAUUGCUGGGUGUGCACGGCUUGGAGCUCUUGACCAUGCUUUAUGGAUACAUAAUCUCUUGAUCGAGAAGGAAAUUGCAUUGAAUGACAUUUUACUGUCUGCAAUUAUAGAUAUGUAUGCAAAAUGUGGGAAAAUAGAAAUAGCAAAAGAAAUUUUUGAUGGUUGCAAAAGCAGUAGUGUGUCUGUUUGGAAUUCGAUGAUUACUGGCCUGGCUGUUCAUGGUCUUGCCACUGAUGCUAUUUAUGUAUUCUCUCGAAUGGAAGAGGAAAAUAUUUUUCCUGAUAGUAUAACAUUUCUUGGAAUUUUAGUUGCAUGUAGUCAUUGUGGUUUAGUUGAGCUGGGAAAGAAAUAUUUUGACAUGAUGAAUAGAAAAUACUCUAUAGAGCCAGAACUUGAGCAUUAUGGAACAAUGGUUGAUAUUUUAGGUCGUGCUGGACGACUAGAUGAAGCUUAUGCCACCAUCAGAGCAAUGUCAAUGAAACCUGAUGUGGUAAUAUGGAAGGCACUUCUCAGUGCUUGUAGAACUUACAGAAAUGCACCACUAGGUGAAAUUGCCAUUAGAAAUAUAUCAUCCCUUGAUGGUGGUGAUUAUGUAUUGCUGUCAAACACAUAUUGUUCUUUAAACAAGUGGAGCAGCUCUGCAAACAUGAGAGAGGAGAUGAAAAGGGAGGGGAUCCACAAGGAUCAUGGAAAAAGUUGGAUUGAAUUAGCGGGGAUCAUACACCAUUUUAAGGCAGGUAAUCAGGCACACCCUGAAAUGGAGGCAAUAUACAAGAUUAUGAAACAAUUGAUUAAAAGAGCCAAGUUAGGGGGUUAUGUUCCUGCAACAGACUUGGUUUUGAUGGAUGUUUCAGAGGAGGAAAAGGAGGAGAAUUUGAUUUUCCACAGUGAGAAAUUAGCAUUAGCUUUUGGAGUACUUAAAACUAGUCCGAGAACGGAAAUUCGAAUUACAAAGAACUUACGAACUUGCUAUGACUGUCAUUCUUGGUUUAAAAUAGUUUCAAGGAUGUUGGCAAGGGUGAUCAUUGUCAGGGAUCGUGUCCGAUUUCACAAGUUUGAAGCUGGUUCUUGUUCGUGUGGGGACUACUGGUGAGUGUUCAACAAGUUCUAAUGAACGUAUGAAACUUCCUUCAUACAUGAGGCUGUUUCCUAGUGAGGAUAUACACCGCUGACAAAAUUAGAUUGGUAAGCUGAUAGAUCAGCUAAAGCUAGAGAGAAGAAAAUUGAUCAAAUAGUUUGUGUUGUUCUGCUUCAAGUUUGGAUAUGAAGUAAUGAAGGUGCUGUAUUAGUCAAUCUUACAUUUUUACUGCUGCCAUGCUUCUAAGUGUCCUCCUCAAGGUUGGUGCCUUAAAUUGCAAUUUGGAUUUGUAGUCAUCUAAAGAUGUGACCUGGAUAUUUUUUUUCUCACAAGCUUGUUGAGUGCACGGUGUUCUUCUACAUUGUCAAUUGAUUGUUAUCUACCUUGUGUCUGAUGCUUUUGUUGAAUGAAAUCGAUUGGUUCUAUGAUAUAGUGAUAUACUUUGCUGUCCUUCCAUACAUAAAUGGAACAUGGAAC